UUUGGCUAAAGUUGCUGAAUAAUUUUAACACUGCUGAUCAGCUGUUCAGAAGGAACUACAGGACAGAAACAGAUAGAUGUGAAAAAUAUGGAGGUGAAGCCAGCAAGGAAAGCUUUUAAAAAGAGAAAACAGGGGAAAAGGACUGAAACGUAUAUAAAUAUAGUGUGACAGUGUAGCCAGCAAGUAAGAGGAAAACAGCAGGACAGGAAAUAAACAGGAACACAAGAAGCAGGAAAACAGGGAAGGGAACUCCAGGAAGGAAAGGAAAGCUGUAAAGCUUUCAGGUUAGAAGGUCUAAGAGACAUAUGGAUCAUAGAGGAAGCGUAUGGUAAUUAAGGUACGAGACAGAUAUAAAAAAAAUAGAAAAAGUUACAGUCAGUGCAGAGAACGAAGCAAAGAAGUGAGAGAGAACGAGAGAGAGAGGCAUUAUAAUUCAUCUGUGCAGUGCUGUGGGUAACAUGCAUAAUAAUUUAACAGCAGAGAGUAUCACAGUUUACUGAAUUAGAUAAGAAUUGAUAUGUUAGCUGGCAAGUAAAUGUUAAUAUAAAUAUUUUAUUUAUUUAAUUUUGAGGGGGGUAUUUAGGUAGGGAGAUAACAUCUGCUCCUGGAAAACAAGACACCUCUGAAGAAUAAACCAUGUCAGCAGAGGUUCGACUGAAGAAGUUGGAGGAAUUAGUGUUGGACCGAAGUCUUGUCAGCCUGGAAAAUUUGCUGGAUUUGUUGGUGUAUGUGUUUCAUGAGUUCCGGAGCUCUCCUCUAUCACAAGAAAAGUAUAUCAGGGAGUUUCUUCAGUGGGCUGAACCAAUCACGAGACGUGUGAAAGAGCUGCAGCUUCAGCGAGAUGACUUUGAAAUCUUGAAAGUCAUUGGCCGAGGUGCUUUUAGUGAGGAUGAGAAUAAGAGACGCUGCAAAAGGUCAACCGCAAGCACAAAAAAGUCCAGCAGAAGUCAGGUGGCCAUCACCACAGCCAAAGCAAGCAAAAGCAGCAAAAGAACAAGUCCCAGUACUUCCAGGGGCAGCAAUAUUAAAGACCCCAGGCUCAGGUACAGUUCUACUCUCAGCACCACCAGUGAUACUGGUGAUAACCAAAAAAACAUCAAUACUGCCAGGAAAGCAGCUUCAAACACAGACAAGCCUUUAAUGUCUGCACCCAAAACUGGAAAGAUAGCAAACCGUAAUGCUGCUCUUACAGUGGCAGCAAUCCCUACCAGCAACAUAACUCCUUCCUCUGCAACAGAACCAAAUGCCUUCUUCAGUGAAGACACGUCUGCCUUAAGCAGCAUUAUCAUGGAUGUGAACAUAAAUGCAGACAGCACAACUGUGUACAGUGAGAUUAAAAAUGAUGAAAUGACCGGUGCCAGAUCAGAGGCUGGAAGUGGUGCAAUUAUGCCCUCAGUCAGUGCAUCCAUCAUCGCAGUCUUACCUGAGGUCUGUGAGCUGGCUGGUGGCCUUGCCAGAAGUACUGUAGUUAGUAACUCAGCUGAUGACAUAAUCACCAGUCUAAAAAGAAAUGUAGACAGCAUUAACAUUACCAGUGAUGUUCCCAGCAGUGCAGACAUAAGUGUUGCUACAACCAGUGAGACACCUUACGCUAAUGCAGACAUUUGUCCAGCAUGUGAUUUGGCAUGCGUGAGUAAUACUCUUGCUUUGGGUGGUGAAUUACCAAAUUCAGCUACAGACAGUGGCAGCAGCAUUAGCACAAAACUUAAUGAAGACUACAGUCCUGCAGACAUAGCCAGUAGUUAUUCUGAGAGAAUCUCCCCUAUUUCACCUGAAACAAAUGUUUUGGCACAGAUCAUGGGAAGCAGUAGCAGUGUUACAAGCAGCUUGCAAGACACAGCUGCUGCUGUGUCUGUCAACCUUGACAAAGUCAGUGGAAUUGAUAAUGCCCCUACAAGCACCAUUAUCUCUAGCACCAACUGUGUUAUAUUAAAUGAGGACAUGUCUGAGAAGAAAGAUAAUUCUCUUACCAGCUCUGAAGGUUCAUUAAGUAAUAUAGCUAGCAUAGGAACAGGGCAGGCAGAUUGCAUUUUAACUAACAACACUACAAAGAGCAGCUGUACUGUUACAGCCAAUGUGAUUGUUGACUCAGCUAAGAAUACAAGCUUAACUCUGUCUGACAGUAGAGUUAGUGAGACUGAUGGGUCUAGUAAUCUAAGUGACAAUACAUGCAUUGCUUCUACGACUAACAACACUGCUAUGAACUUACCGAACAUUUGUUCUACCACACAAAAUAGAGACAGUGAAGAUAGUAAUGUCACUGCACCAGCAGGCAUGUCCAGUGGCUCCAGCGAUGUGGCUAGUGCUGCAAGGCCUGCAAAAGAUGAAACUAGUUUAACUCCUUUUGUAAGUGAGGCACUAAGAACUACUGUUGUAAACAAAGCCACCAAAGCCUGUACAACAGACACUGCUGGAAAACAAGAGAAUAUAAUCCAUGCUUCUUCUGUUAGCACUCAUUCUGCUGUGAUAGACACAGAUAAUACUGUAAAUGAUGUGAGUCUUACUACAGCUAACAUCACUACUGCAAUCACUGAUGCAGUCAUCGCUGCGGCAUCUUCUCCCAGCCAUGUCAGUACAUCUAAGACAACUGAAAGUAUUACCUCAUUAUUAAAUGCUGCAAUUCACAACAAAUCCCAUAUCACCAAUGCAGUCAAUACAGAUACCAUGAUUACUUCAAGCAAAACUGAAAGUAAAACUACAGUCAGUGGCAAACCAAGAAAGGCUAGUGCAGGAACUGCAUCCACAAAGCCUGCAGGAGGCAAAGCCAGUAUAACCAAAACUACCAGAAGAAGUCUAUCCAAGAGAGCAAGUGCAUUGACGGCAGCUGUGAAGGCCAUGAUAUGGAGAGCUGGUGCCACAACAGCCAUGUUCAGCAAAGCCAAGGUUAUAGUUACUUCAAAGAAAGCUAAGCACAAGGUCAAAGAAAAUGUCAGCCCAGCCAGGGCCAAAGCUGGAAAGAGCAGCAGCAGCACAGCCUUGAAAGCACAGGCUGGUAAAAUGAGUGCAGGUCACGCAACCAUCAGUGGCAAAAUGAGAGGAGCCAGCACUAGUUCUACCAGAUUUAGUACAAUUACAAGUGAGAGCAGUUCUGAUGAGCACCUAACUAGCACACAUCAUGGGGACCAGCUUUCCACCAGUGCUGACUGCACGAAGGCUGAUAUAACUAGUGAACCUGUACAGAUCACUGCUUCUCUCAGUAGCACCAUUAACACUGAUGUACAUACCACUUCCAAGUCUACCAGUGUGUGUUCUGCAUCUAGUGAGGUCUUCGAUCCUACUGAUUCCGGAAUAGUCACUACGUGCACUUCAGUAUCUGCUAUGUCACAUACAGUCAGUAGCAAGGAGAGUGCCUUAAUUAGCCCAGGCAGCACAGUUGUGGUAUCCAGUAGCAUAAGUCCAGUUCAAGCAAUGUCCAGUGCUGACCCCAGUAACUCUGGCACAAACGUGUCCACAACAACUACUUUCUACAGUAAUACUGAAACUGCUAGCAGUAUUGCUAGUAGUGCAAUCAAUGCCAAGGACAAUGAUGUCCUUACUGCUGUGGCUGAUACAGUAAUUAUUGUACCGAAUGCAUCACGUACAUCUACAGUGAUUACUGACACUAUAACAGCUACCAUGACUGACGCAGCCUGUACUGUCUCCUCUUCUGAUGGUGCUAACGAUGCACAUAUAAUCACAUUUCCUGUGAUUAGAGUACAUAAUUCAGCAGUUAGUACAGAUGAUGAUGAUGAUGCAGCUGCUACUGAAUCUCCCACAACUAAUAAAGCAACCUCUAGUUUUGCUGCUAUGGACACCCGUACACACAUAAAGGGCAAUGACUGCAUUAAAAGUAAUGGAAAGAAACAUGCCGCUGAUAUAAAAAAGCCCAUCAAAAAGCGCCAGAGAAGAAGAAGAAGCACCUCUGAGAUUCAUAUUGAAGGAAGAAGCAGAGAAUUUUUAAAAUAUGGGAAAUUUGAAAAAAGAUGUAAAUUGCACAAGGUGGCUGUGGUGAGAAUGAAGAGAACAGGAAAAAUUUAUGCUAUGAAGAUUAUGAACAAAUGGGACAUACUAAAAAGGGGAGAGAUUUCUUGCUUUCGGGAAGAAAGAGAUGUCUUGGUGAAUGGAGAUAAGAGAUGGAUUACACAGCUUCAUUUUGCCUUUCAAGAUGAAAACUACCUUUACCUGGUGAUGGACUACUAUGUUGGAGGAGAUCUGUUGACUCUCCUCAGUAAGUUUGGCGAGCAAAUCCCAGAAGACAUGGCGCGCUUCUAUCUGGCAGAGAUGGUGAUGGCGAUUGCUUCAGUACAUAAACUGGGCUACGUUCACAGGGAUAUCAAACCAGACAACAUUCUGUUAGAUGCGCAUGGGCAUAUUCGCUUGGGAGACUUUGGAUCCUGCCUGAAGCUAAGAGAAGAUGGUACAAUUAGUUCGUCAGUGGCUGUUGGAACCCCAGAUUACCUGUCUCCAGAAAUCUUGCGUGCAGUCGAAAAUGAUUCUCGGUCCUAUGGCCCAGAAUGUGAUUGGUGGUCCCUUGGAGUCUGUGCUUAUGAGAUGUUUUAUGGGCAGACACCCUUCUAUGCUGAAUCUGUUGUGGAAACUUAUGGAAAAAUUAUAAACUUCAAAGACCAUCUUUCAUUUCCUCUUAUUGUUCCUGAAGUGCCUGAUGAGGCACAAAGUCUUAUCGAAGGUCUCAUCUGUGAUAGAAAGGUGAGGUUGGGCCAAAAUGGUUUCUAUGACUUCAAGAAUCAUCCUUUCUUUUUGGGAGUUGACUGGGACCAUCUCAGGGAAAGUCAACCCCCAUUUGUACCUGAUGCAGUAGAUGCCACAGACACUUCUAAUUUUGAUGUGGUUGAUGAGUGCCUCACAGAGUCGGAGACUCUUUCUGAUGUGAUCCAAAAUGCUCCACUUGGCGUCCACCUACCUUUCAUUGGAUUUUCUUACACUGGUGUUAAACAGUAUGAAAUGGAAGAGAAAGGAUGUGAUAUAGCAAUGGAAAUUGAGUGUAUCAGUAGAACAGAAGACCAUCCCAUAAUUUCAUCUGAAACACAGGAUUCAGAGUGGAAGCUGUCAGACAGACAGAAGCUGGACAUCUCCUCAUUCUAUGACAUGCAAUUAGCAUUUGAAGAAGAGAUCCAUGCAAGAGAACUUCUUCACAACGAACUCCUGAAGGUGAAGGCAGCAAACCAGGCUUUUGAAAGUCAGCUGAAAGAAGCCAUUACAGAAAACUCAGCCCUGGAGGAGCAGAUCAGAAAAUUACAGAUUGAAAUUGAACAGGUUUCCUUCAGUUUAGAUAAAGGUACCUAAGCCUACCAUAAUGAUGGAGGGUUACCUUCUACUUUGCAAAGCAGGAUUUGGCAUCACUGUCACACACUGCGGCCGAACUGUAAUCUGUUGAAAAAUCCAAGUGUUAUAAAGAUGCUGACAUCAUAUGUCUAUGAGCUAUAAACACCAGCAUUGCCAAAUAAUCAUAUUACCGUAGAAAAACAUCAGAUACAAUUCAUCCAGACCCAGAACUAAACAAAGUUCUGUUUAGUCAUCCAGAGUGGUGAUUACAAGACAUUCCUUCUGACUGCAGUGAAAAGCACAGUGUAUUCUGAUAAACAAGAAAGCACAUUUGAAGUUUGAAGAACCAUGCAGGCAUAUUUUAUAAAUGUUAUCACAGAGCCAAUGGAUUAAACACAAACAAGCAUGUGCACCAUUUUUGCCAUUACUGCUGUGUGAGAGCAGUAACGUACUUUAGUUUUCUUACAAAAGUUAUGGGUGGAUUUUGCAUAUCACAUAAUGUCUGAAGCACAGUUAAUAUAACCCACCACUUAUCAGUAAUGGUCAUUAUUUAUGCUUCGUACAACUGCAGAGUAAGUGAAUUGGUAGAAAGGGUUGGACAGUGUCUUGACAACUUACAAUUAAUAAGGUCAUUAAGCUUUUAAAUAAUAGAGAUAUAUGUGUAAGUUAUGAAAACAUUCAAGACAAAGAAGUUUGGUUAGACACACACACACACACACACACACACACACACACACACACACACACACACACACACACACACACACA